GGGUGAGGUCUGUGGGGAGGUGCUGAGUCGUACCCAGCAAGAGGACAUUCUCCUGCAGACCGAAUGAAUGAGGCUUCAGUGACGGGGAGGAGUCAGAAAACUAAAGAGAUGCAGAGAACCACACGGGUAGAGGACAUGUGUGUGUAACAGAGACUCUGAGACACAGGAAAAUACGAGCUGUCUGAUAAGAAAGCUGGGAAAUGACUUGGAUUUUAUGAAACGGGUUUAUACUGAGAAGAGAAAUGAGUAUCACUGAUGGGAAGACACGUUAUGUGUCCACUUUCAGGAUACAACUGUCAGACUCCCAGUCAAAGGGGGCCAGUGGACAAGGGUCCCAACCCACACGGAGAACUACAAUCACCACAGCCGUGAAGAAGCCUGAAGAGACAUCCAGCACAGGCAAAGAGUGGUAAACACAGCAGUCUGGAUCCACCUCUUUUCACUGAACCCCUCGAGGACUGUAUAGUGGAUGAAGGAAAUGAUAUCACACUGAAAGGGACUAUCACAGGGAGUCAGCCAAUCAAUGUUUCCUGGCUUCAUAAUGGUGAAACUGUGCUGUUUGGUAAAUCCUCAUUAGUGGGAGGAGAGGCAAGUUUGGUAGUAAAGGAAUGUCUCCCGGAGGAUGCUGGGGCUUACACUUGUGUGGCCGAAAACACAGCAGGAAAAACAUCCAGCAGUGCAGCAGUUUGUGUGAGAGACUAUGAAACAAUUGCUGGGAUCCAUAACAAUAUGACCCACAAGUCUCACUCCCAUCCUAAUUCCCCUCAUCCUCACACUCCUGACAUGGUAAACGGGGUCUUAAACUCAACUCAGAACGUCCCGGAUAACGUCAGUGUUUUUAAAGGCCCACAGUCGCCUCAGACAGGAAGUCCUAAAACAAGCUCUCCAGCACUCAAGAGAGAGGUGCUUGUCAAAAGAAGAAGCAGCUCAGGAACAGCACCUCUCCAGUUUGUAGAUCCAUUAGAUCGGCUGGAGGUACAUGUUGGAGAGACGGCCCGUUUGACGUGUGUGUUCAAAGGCAGCUUUCCUGUGGCAUCUUGCUGGGUCUAUAACAAAAAAGAAGUGGUGGAAAGCUCCAGGUUUCAUAUAGAGUCCUGUGAUGACAGCAGUUCUCUGGUGAUCUCUGAAGCUCAUCCUGAGGACUCUGGACGUUACACGAUAUUUGUGCGAGAUCGCAAAAGUUCAGCCCAACACACAGUGACCCUGAAUGUCCUUGACCUGCCCCAGCCUCCUGCCUCCUGCCCCGUGGUGCGCAUUCUUUCCCCUCACUCUCUGGUUUUGUCCUGGUCUGGGCCAUCUUACGACGGUGGCAGCGCUGUGACGGGAUACGUGGUGGAGGUUUGUGAAAGCCCUGGUGAGACUGACCACUGGAAAGAGCUCACAGCCCAGUGCAAGAGUACUUCGCUCAGGGUGACCUCAGGACUCCAGCCUCAGGGAGAAUACUGCUUCCGGGUCAGGGCCUGUAACGCUGUGGGCAUCAGCGAGCCCAGCCAAGAGUCCCAACCAAUCAAGAUGGACAACCCAGGAGAGCCCUGUGAUGAGAAACCAGUGGAGUAUGUGAAUGUGACCAUCAACACUGAGAAUAAUGUUUCUGACCACUAUAUUGUCCUGGAUAAACUAGGAGUAGGGAAGUUUGGCCAGGUGUUUCUGAUGACCCAUAAGGUGACGGGUCGUAAAUAUGCUGGAAAGUUCUACAAAGGCCGUCGGGCAAAGGAGAGAGAAGCCGCAAGGAAAGAAAUAGAGCUAAUGAACUUCUUACACCAUCCAAAACUGGUGCAGUGCCUUGCUGCAUAUGAAAACAAGGCUGAGAUGGUCAUGGUGAUGGAAUUUGUUGCUGGUGGAGAGCUGUUUGAGCGUAUUGUGGAUGAUAGUUAUGAGCACACAGAAGCAUCUAGUGUGGGCUAUGUGCGUCAAAUUCUGGAGGGGAUUCAGUAUAUGCACCAGCAAAACAUCAUCCACCUGGACCUCAAACCUGAGAACAUCGUCUGUGUGGACAGAACCGGGUUUCAGAUCAAAAUCAUUGACUUUGGACUCGCUAGCAAGUUAGAUCCCAACACACCUCUGAAGGUGAUGCACGGCACUCCAGAAUUUGUUGCUCCAGAGGUCAUCAGCUUCGAGCCUGUCUGUCUGGCCACUGACAUGUGGAGCAUUGGUGUCAUCUGCUACAUCCUGUUGAGCGGUGAAUCUCCAUUCCAGGGUGAAAGUGACACAGAGACUCUGUCUCUCGUGACGGCAGCGAAGUGGGAGUUUGAUGAGGAGAGCUUUGAAGAGAUCACCGACCAGGCAAAGGAUUUCAUUAGCUCUCUGCUCAGCAAAGAUGUCAGGCGUAGGAUGUCAUGUGAAGAUGCCUUGGCUCAUGCCUGGUUGGCAUCUACGUCUGUAGACAACACCAGCAGCAUCACCAAAAACCUUUCCAAAGACAAGAUGAAGAAAUUCCUGACUAGGCAGAAAUGGAAGAAAACAGGCAAAGCUUUGCUGGCUCUGAAGAGGAUGGCUUUAUUGUCUAAACCAGAGGCUUCUGCAAACUUGAGCCCUGUAGAUGAGACAGAUAAAGCAAUGCAAUCUCUGGAGCUGAAGCUUCAGUGUAAACCGGAGUUCAGUAAGACUCUAUCUGACCUGACCGUCCCGCAGGGCUCCAUCGCCCAACUCUCCUGUCUCAUCACAGGUUAUCCUGACCCCGAGGUCGUGUGGUUGAGGGAUGAUGAGCUGCUGGAGUUGCAGGACGGGUGUGUGACGGUGGAUUAUGAGGAGAAUGGCAGCUGUACGCUCACUCUAGAGAACGUCUCUCUCCACCACAGCGGCCUGUAUUCCUGCAAAGCCACUAAUGCACUCGGGGAGGCGCUGUGCUCUGCUACACUUACUGUUGAAUAAAAACACAGACACAUGGAUUCACAUACCAGACAGAUUCAAAUAUAGGGGAGAGUGGGGUAAGAUGAGCCAGUGGGUAAGUUGACCCACCCCCUGUAUUUUGGCAACCGUACCAUUUUAUUGUCAUGUGACCAUAUAUUUUAGAGCCACCCAUCAUUUCUGCCAGACUGUGAAAAGGAGAAGCACAUGGGAGGAGUGGAAGUCGCUUAUUUACUUUAAAAACUGUUUUUGGCUUGUCAAAGUAAAAUUUUAACAUUACAGAUGUAAUGGCUGCUUCAUCAAAGCAAAUUUGUCCAGGUCUAAAAUUAUUUAUGAUACAUAUUGGUGAUUAAGCAAUGUAUAAAACCAUGCAAGUGAUUUAGCUAAAUAUUAUUCUGAAUUGGUAAGCUAGCUAGCUUUUCCUAAAAUGGCAGCUAUGGGGCAAAGUGUGCCAAAUGCUGUGGGGUAAACUGAGCCAGCAUUUUAACUUACCCCACCAUAAGGCAUUGAAUUUAAGUUAAAUCUGGUGUCAACUGGUGUCAGCUAUAAACUGGUGUCAUUUCAAUGUAAUAUUACACAACUGGUUUAGUUUAUCUUUAUUUUCGAGUUCGAGUAAGGAAAUUUGAUUAUUAAAUUAGUUUUUAAAAUAGGUACAUUAUCUUUAAAAUUUCACAUGGGUUUAAUUCAGAUUCUGUUAAAUGGUCAGUUUACACGCACCUACUGACUCGGCUCAACUUACCCCUAACCUGGGGUAAAUUGAGCCAGAGGAACACUUUUUUUAUAAGAAGCCAUAUUUUUAGAACCCUUUGUCACAUAUGUAUUCUGAUCAUUUAAAAUGAUAGGAAACAUCCUGAAAUUACUUUAAAUACUUUCAUUGUACUUCUGCUUCAUUUUCCCUUAUCUUGAGGACCACAUAAGUAAAAAAUGGCUCAUCUUACCCCACUCUCCCCUACUGAUGCAAUUCAAUGUUAAAACUGCAAUAAAAAAAUCUAAUUGAUGUUAUUGUCAUUUAUUAUUAUUUAUGUUUAUGAGAUUAUUUGAGAUUAUUAUUGGACUUUGGUUUAAUAUCAUUCAUUGCAGAUUAAUAUCAAUAUCAUUCAGAUCUGUUUUUAUAAAUGUAUGUUGUUGAUCUUAUUGCAAAUGAUUCAUCAUUGCAUUUUUUUUUUUUUUUUUUAGUCCACUUAAAUCCAACAGCAAGUUCGCAUUCAGAUCUCCAUCUAUUUUUGAGAGCAAUUCCCACUUCUCGAAAUCCAACUUUUGGACUGAACCAAGUUUCCGCCCUACAUUCUUUUCUUUUUCGAUUAUCCAUUUCAUUUGUAUGUACAUCACAAUACAAAAGAAAAGAUCUGUUACUAUUUCUGUUUCAUUGUAACUUCAAUAUAUGGUGUCAAAUAUAUGAAUAUAUUAAUGUCUAACAUUAUGCUGUUACUAAUAUCCAACCAGGCUGUUCACAAAGUUUAGAGACACGUGACAAUAAAAAUGCAGAUUUUAUAAUAAAAA